ACGCCCUUUAUGCAAAUCUUCGCGCGGCGAUUGGCGGGGGCGGGGCCGGGCUCCGCGGCCGGGCUAUAAGAGCGGGGGAACAAUGCGCCCGCGGUCCCGGCUCGGGGGCUGGCGCCGGGGUGGGGGUCCCCCCUCAUCCCUGGGGCUGCCCCUCUCCUGAGCGCCCGUUCUUGUCUCGGCCGCCCCCUUCCCCGUGCCGAGAUGGAGUUUGACUCGUACCAGCAUUACUUCUACGAUCACGACGCCCAGGAGGAUUUCCACCGCUCCACGGCGCCCAGCGAGGACAUCUGGAAGAAGUUCGAGCUGGUCCCCACGCCCCCGCUGUCCCCGCUGGGCACCCCCGGGGAGAAGGGAGGCUGCUCGGCGGCGGAGGAGCGCCCGGGAUGGCUCUCCCGGUACUGCCUCGCCGGGGAAGAGCCGGAGUAUCUCAUAGGGACGGGGCAGAUCUUCGGGAACCUGAGCGCUUUCAUCCUCAAGGAUUGCAUGUGGAGCGGUUUUUCGGCGCGGGAGAGACUGGAGAAGGCGAUGACAGAGAAACUUUCCACGGGCACGCAGAGAGCCACCCCGCACAAACCGUCCUUCGCGCAGGAUUUUGGGUUCAGCAGCUCCGUCAGCGAGUGCGUGGAUCCUGCUGCCGUGUUCCUUUGCCCGCUGGCCGAGAGCAAGAUCCCCGCAUCCUCGGGAUCCGAGGGCCAGAGCGAUUCCGAAGGUGAAGAGAUUGACGUGGUGACCGUGGACAAGAGACAAUCUCUCGGCCUGAGGAAGCCGGUCACCAUCACGCUCCGUGCCGACCCCCUGGACCCCUGCAUGAAGCGCUUCCACAUCUCUGUCCACCAGCAGCAGCACAACUACGCCGCCCGCUCGCCGCCAGACUCCUGUCCCCAGCCCGAGUCACCCCAGCAGGACCAGGAGGAGGACGAGCCACCCAGCGCUGUGGAGCCGGCCCCUGCCGUGACCCCGCCUGAGCCUGGCUUGCCAAAACCCAGCAGCAACCCCGGCUCGGACAGCGAGGACCUGGCCAAGAGGAAAAACCACAACUUCCUGGAGCGCAAGCGGCGCAACGACCUGCGCUCGCGCUUCCUGGCCCUGCGGGACCAGGUGCCCGGGCUCGCCAGCUGCCCCAAGACCCCCAAAGUGGUGAUCCUGAGCAAAUCCUCCGAGUACCUGCAGUCCCUCAUCAGCGCCGAGAGGAGGAUGGCGGCCGAGAAGCGGCAGCUGCAGCUGCGCCAGACCCAGCUGCUCAAACGGAUUGCUCACCUUAAGGGGCACUAGCACCCGGUGUGCCCCCCACCCUGGUCCCCACAAACCCCCAGCUCCUUCUCAAUUUGCACAUUUUUUUUAUUUUUUGGUUGCUUGUCGAACUGUUGGCCCCCGGGGGCUGGAGCACGUGGCAGUGGCUGUGGGAAUGGGUCCGGAGCAGAGACCCCAAUGGCAUCACCCACCUGGGGUUGGUUCCUGGCACUGGGUAUUCCAAAAUUUGCCUUGUCCCGGCUGUGAAGCUUCCUUAGUGACUGCUCCAGUUCAAGAGCUCAAAUUUAUUGCCCCUCCCCAGCAGCCCCUGCACCCCUCUCUGCCAUUUGCCACCGACAGCAUCGCUGGGAGCUACCCCUGGGCAUCCACCUCGCCCUAAAAAUCCCAAGCAGCCACAUCUGCCUCGGCCCCUGGAAGCAGGCAGGCUCAGAGCCCAGCACGGGGCUCACCUCUGGAUAGAUCCAUGGAGGUGGUGAUGGCAGGAUGUGCCUCUCACUGGGAUGAACAGCACCCCGUGGGCAAUCCCCUUGCUCGGCUGGACCGUACCUCACUUCCUCGUGUCACUUCACGCAGUAGCUGGUCCUGGAUUUUAUGUUCUAGAAACUGCUGCUGUAACUGCGAGUCUUAUACUGGAGCCUGUGUUUUUAUACUGUAUUUUUGUACCACUUUUUGAGAAGUAUUGGUAAAGAGUUUGCUUUUUUAUAUACAUAUAUAAAUAUAUAAAAACUUUUUUUUUUAAGGGGGAUUUCCUGCUGUGGGGGAGGGCUCAGUCCUGCUGCACUUUAGGGAGAUCAGGAAGGGGCUGGCUCCUGCUGGACCCUUGAGCUGAGUCCUCGCAGAGGCCAUUCACCCCUUUGCAGCUCUCCAAACUGCCCAUUUGCAAUAACAGGGAAUUUUAUCCCUUUUCCCAUCUUUGUGACCCCUUUUCCCACCCUUGUGGGCUCUCCUUCCAGCAGCCACUUAAAAUCCCCAGCGAAGCUUUGGGUUUUGCAGGGGGCUGCUCUGCCUUCCCUGUCUGUGCCCUCCUGCUGCCCUGUCUGUGGUAGGGGUGUGUGGGUGGCAGAGUCCCCUGUCCCCUCCCAGGGGUGCUGGCAGGGGUGGUCCUGCAGGAUGGCACCCUGGGGUCCCUGCUGACCUGCUGAGAACCGUUAGAGUUAACACUGGUUGGAUUUAGCACUUUCUUCAUUACCUCAUACUUCAUAAAUAAAUAAGUUUGCAACAGCCUGGGUUGGCUUUUUCCAUGCAGUUGGCUGUGGGUUUCCAUGCAUCACCUUGGUGCUCCUGGGGGGGCUGCUCUGGGUUUUGGGGUAUCCUGGGCAUGAAUAAAAAUUAAUUAAUUAACCUAUUUUGCCCCAGGGCUCAGCUGCACCAAGACUGAGCUCUUUGUCCUGAUUUUCUCCCAGUGCUCGAAGAAGUGGUGGUGGUGGUGGGGCCAGGGAAAUGAAUCACCUGGAUUAUUUUUC